AUGUCACAUGCAAGUGGGUUGCAGUUGAAAGUGAAGCAAAAAAUAUUUCGUCAAAGUGUUUUGUAUCUAAUUUUUCACGACAAAACCGCCAUCGUUGUUCACGUAGAAGAAACUAUGCAGCGUUUAACAUCUUCCUUUGCUGAAGUUGUAAAGAUUUUUGCGCUGGCAAUCAUCCUGAAGGAGGUCGAGCUUACACUUCUAUAUCAACCUGAAUCACAGCAUGACUAUCAUCAUUCUCACAUUACCGCAGGCCGAUUCAUGACAUCGGAUGCUAAAAUCGAGAAAGAAAGAGAUUAG